CGAAGCCGAACCCUUCCCCCAAUGACGCUGCUUUGGCCGACACACAGGCAUCGGUCCAAGGGGGAGCUGCCUCUGAUGUGCAUAUCAUCGAGGAUCUGACGUUGAACGUCGCCUCGUCCGCCCUAGUUUCUGCUAAGUCCGGGGCUGCUGCAAAGAAGAGUGCCCGUGCUGACCGAGACCUGACCUCCGGUCUUUAUGAGGUGACGGUGCGGUAUCCGCCGAAGGGCGGUUUAUUCAACGAGAAGGUUUCUGGGCACGACGUCCUGUUCCAGGCCAUUCCUGAUGCUGAUAGGGAGUAUCUGCGUCGGCAGAGCAAGGAUGUGCGUCUCUUCGACGGCGGGCUGGACUACGUCGUCCAGGGUGCCUUCAUGCUCAUGGAGCAGCAGCGGCGGCAGGACGAGGAGCUUGCUCGCCUUCGCGAAGCUGAGAAGAAAGCCGCCUCCGCUGACGAGGCGCUUUCCCAAUUGGAGCGGCUUCGGACUGAGACUGCCUCCAUGAAGGAAAAAGCUGAUGCGGCUGAGAAGAGAGCCGUUGUUGCUGAGGACGAGGCGAAGCGCCUCAAAAAUCGGCUUGAAGAAGAAGCGGCCGCCCGCCGGCUAGCAGAAGAAAAAGCCGUGAAGCUGGAGGCCGAUGCGGCGGCGGCUGCUGAUAGAGCCAUUGAACUCUUUAUGGCCGAGGGUUGGAAGGACGAGGCCCGACGCGAUUGGACUUUUAACGUCGUGGCGGAGCGCUUCGAGGCGUGGUCUCAGGAGGAAGCUGGCCGGGCUUGCCUCAAGCAGGAGUUCGAAGUCUGGUACGACCUCGGUCAGAGGCGUAUGCAGAUGUUGGUUUACCGCCGCCUCCGCCGUCGCGUAAAGAACUUGAAGCCCAGGGGUAUCGGCCUUCCCCGGCUGAUGAAGGACCCUGAGGAGGAGUUGAAACUCCCACUGUCCGAAAGGCAACCCCCCAUUUUGAGCUCAGACGAGGAGGACGGGCCCUGGACUGAGAGUGACGACUACCUCUUCCGCAGCUCGGCGAGGUCCAAGAAUACCGAGGAUGAGCAGGACGAUGCGGACAGCGGAGCCGUUGAGGGUGGCCAGGGACAAGCUGUUUAGUGUUUCCUUGUACUUAGUUUUCUUUUUUCAUUUGUAGUAGUCUCAAUGGCCGAAGCGCCCUGAUGAUUGUAACGGCCGAAGCGCCCCCUUUGUAUUUUUUGAAUCAUCAAUUAAAGAUAACUCUUUUUGUCCAAGUGUUUGUUCCUCGCUUCGUUUUCUCUUUAUGUUUGGCGUUUGGUUUGUUGGUGUCGCGUCGUCUGAGUGACAUUGUUUCACAAGUUUUUAUCUUGGCAAAUUUGCCAACUUUGAGACGAUGCGUUCCA